ACUAGAUUUGUUUGAUUGAUAUUUGGGUAGCUAAAAUAUAAAUCAUAAAAUACACGUGUUAAUUAAAAUAAUCAUUUUUGCUUAAACCAAUCUUCUAUACACUCUCAAAAAAUAAAAUGUCAGCUAAUAAAAAAAAGAACUUAGAACAGGAUAAAAUGGAUUCUGAUAAAGAGUCUUCCAGUUCAGAAGACGAUGGUCCACAUCCAGAUGCCUAUAAAGGAAACGAGGAAAUACAAGUAGAUUUCGAAGGAAGAAACCCUCUCGACAUUGACUUUCAUGGUAUACGGCAGUUAUUGCAACAAUUGUUUCUUAAAGCUCAUAUAAAUCUUUCACAGCUUUCAGAAAUUAUUAUAGAACAAAAUUAUAUUGGGAGUGUUGUUAUACAAAGCGAAAUUGAUGAAGAGGAAGAUGAUGAACUAUGUGAUUCAAAUGUAAUAUUUGGUAUUACAUCAGUAGUAAAUAUGAUGUCCAAAAGAAGUUCAAAAUGUAUUGAAGAAUUGCACGAAUUCAUUGUGGAAAAGGCAGAAAAAAAUGCUUCGGAAGAUACCUUUGAACAAUUUAAAACAAUUUUAAAUAAUGUCGACCAACAUGUAGGAUUUCUGAUUAAUGAGAGAUUUGUAAAUAUUCCUGCACAAAUUUCAGUUCCAUUGCUAGAAAAUUUAUAUAGAGAAAUUAAGCGUGCUAAAGAAAAACAUAUGCCGUAUGAUUUUAAAUAUUACAUGAUAAUCGUGAAAUUCUAUAGGAAAAAAGGUAAAAAAAAUAAACCUACAGAGGACUUUUAUUCAAAUCAAGAGGAAGAAAUCAUAUGCAAAGAAGCUCAAUUUAGUUUUGAAUAUUCUGUAGAGCAUGAGGCAGACUCUGGCAUGUCGGGUGAUUGGUUAGAAGGUGAUAGUACAAUGUUGCCAUUCAGAAAAGUAGUUUUAUUUGAAUCAAGCAGAUUAUCUGAUUUAAUAUUGACCAUAAAGGAUUAUAUAAAUGAAUAAUUUUAAGAUUUAUAUUUUAAUGUUUUAAGUAUUUUCUAUUCGUUUGAUAUUAAGUAAGUUAGUCGUUAUAAUACAAAACUAAUUGUGUGUGAUUGUUUUGGAAGCUUCCUAAACUUCGCAAAUAAUGGAAAUUGUUACUUUCGAAAUGUAUUGGGAAGUACUCUGUUUUAUUUUUGAUAAAUAUAAAGACGACAAAUUUCUAACCAAA